GGUUGGGAGAGGAGGGUCUAGUUCUUUGGCUGGCGCUUCUCCAUCCGCUUCUGAUGCCGUCAUUACACACACCCAUCCUUCGGAUAUGGGUGUGCAUCAACAACCAAGCGGCUGCAGGCUGGCUGGUAAAGGCAAGAGAGGAACCAUGGCGAAUUUCACCCACCCACCCACCUGCAGCGGAGGGGCAACCACAAGCAAGCGCUUGGCUGAGCCCGGCUCGACCGAGUCCCACACAUUCACUUAAUACAUACACAUGCCGUGCCGGUACGCACCUUUUCCCUUCCGGGUGGUUCUUCUGGUCCCCUUCCGCCCGGUGCUCCAUCGUCAAGUCACUAUCGCACCACCCACCUGUCGAGUCUAACAUCUCGAAGGUGAAGAAAGCCAGACAUUGUCAGCAAUUCAGAGACGUUGUGCUUUGAAGAACUGUCUACCAUGAUAGUGUCAUGAUACCAGUCACAUCUCCCGACUCCCAUCAACUCUCCAUCUCCCAACCCUCUAUACACAACCGCCAUGCCGCCUUCAAUAUCAACAACGUGGUGGAGGCUCCUGGCAGUGACCUGGAUCACCCUAUGUCUCUUUUCAACAGUAGCCACAGCACUCCAGGUUGCUCCGGGAUCACCAUGCGCAUCCGUCUGCCAGGACCGUAACGACGGCGACGGAAACGACGCCAAAGGAUCGACGACGAGCGUCAAGGAUAUCGCCUGCGAGGAUCCCGAUUUCGAUUCAAGGACCAUCAGGGGCAUGAAGUUUAAGGAAUGCACACAGUGUCUGCAGUCAAGUAGAUAUACCAGCGGAGAAGAGACCGAUCUCAUGUGGUAUCUCUACAACCUGCGUUACGCUGCGAACGUGUGUCUCUAUAACUACCCAGAGGCGGUUCAGAACAAGUCUUUUGCUUGCGACAUCCCGAGCUCAUGCGGUGGCCUCAAGACCGCUCUCAGGGAGGGUGACUUGAAAGCGGAAAGCAUCACGCAGUUGGAAUACUGCUCCGCCGACAAUGAGAAGAUGAAGGCUUGGGCAAUCAAGUCUUGCACCAGCUGUUUAUGGAACGCCCCUGAAAGCAAAUACCUCUCUAAUUUCAUGGUUGCCCUAGACGCCGCCUGCGUCCAACGACCCAAAGCAGGUGAUCUUGUCGGUUUGACGGGCAGCUUGUUUACGUCCUACGCAGUGAACAUAACAGACCCGCCCAAGCUGGAGACGGGCCCUCCUCCCCCGGCUCAGACAAACAUGGAUACGGGUACCAUCAUUGGUAUUGCAAUCGGCGCAGCUCUCGUCCUGCUCCUUGGUGUCGGUCUGUUCGUGGUCUACUGGCGCAAGCAGAAGCGCGCAAAGGUUGAAGAAGAGCGGAGGGUCAACUCAGAUUCGCCAAACGAUGGUGGUAGCUCUAUCACCGCACUGAACAUUGGCGGCGGCGGCGGCGGCCCCGGAUCAGGAGGUGGUCGUCACGGCUACACCACUGACUACAAGAGGGAAAUUGGCCUAACCUCCUUCGAGUCGUACGAUGCGUCUCGAAGCGGGGGUCUCAACAGCAACAGGGGUGGCAACUAUACCAAUUCAGGCGAAUAUUACGAUCAGCUUGAGAAAUACCAGCAAAGGGCGGCAGCCCAGCAGUACGGCAUGCUUAAUCACACCGGCCCGGCGGACUCGCUACCGGCACACCCAGCGUACAUCCCACGGGCUGCCAUGGCUCAGCAGCAACAGCAGCGAAACAGCACCGACUCUAGGGGAUCGCGCAAUACAGCAACAUCAUCUCAAAACCUACAGCAACAAUUCACACCAAGCCAGACGCUUGUCGCACAGAACUCACAACAGCAACGACCUGUAUCAACUCAAACACUCUCCGCUCAACACCUACAACAACAACAAACCACCCGACGCACUUCACCCCGGAGUUCUCCACGUCUCGUACCCGAACCUAUAACCCUCUCAGCCGUUCCCGCAUCAAAGCAACGUUACGCCAAGACCACGACGGAACAAGCAUCGCAGCCUUCGUUAUCGACAUCCUCAAAAUCGGCUAUUGAUUCUUACACCAUGCAAAAAUACCUGGCCGCCGAAGAUGACAGGCCGGGCCACACUAUGCCGCCCCCGCCAGCGCAGAAGCCACCUAGGGCAGCGAAGCCAUUUGACCCCGCGAAUCCUCCACCACCACCACCUCAACCGGCGGUCAAGAUCCCAUCACUGGGAUUGCCAUCCGUCCCAAGGGUCCGCGUGCCCAAGCAGUACGCGCCCCCGCGUAUCAGCGUCGAGGAGGCGACGCCCACGGAUGCCGCCGGCGGCGAGGGGCACUUUGAACGGACAGGGACGCCAGGCAGCCGGUCGUCUUCGGUAUCCCGCGACGGCCGGCCGCCGACCAGAGGGAGAGACGAAUCCAACAGGGUCGGCGGUGCAUCACCUAGCGGUAGGGUGAUUAGACAGACGGUGAAUGUCACAAGGCCAAGGCAGGAAGAAAUUCCCAUUGCAAGUGGGAAGACUGUUUUGUACAGUUGACGAGAUCGUUUUGUUUCUUUCUUUUUCGUUAGCAUCAAAUGAACACGAGCAUAUUGUUCUGAAUGGUUUGGUUGUUUGGAUAUGAAUUCGCUGCCAUGCGUGAUUUGCUCAUGGAUGAUGGGAUUGAAGGGGUAUUGUAUUCAAGGCAAGGAAGGCAAACGACGCACGAUAAGUUAGUAAAAAGGUCGAAUGUUCAAGCAUGUGGUGGGUUUUUGAGUUUUAUGUUGAUGUAGGUGGAACCUCAAGCUAGGGACACCGGAUGUUGUAUAUAAUAAGUAGAGGGAUAACAGGACC